UAAAAGUUCUAAACGUCAAAGCUCACGCGAAGGAAAACAUUGACGAAAUUUUGCUCCAACAUGAAGUUAAUUGCAUUUUCGUGAGAUAAUUCUCAAUCUUGUGGCUGAAAUAGGUUCUUAUUUGGUGAAAAUUACGCUCCUCGACCGGAAGAAAGUGGUGUGGGACAAUAACAACCCGUAGCCAUGUCGAAUCACUACGAAAUACCAUCCUGGGCCGGUAAACCUGCGGCAGGUCUUCAUCUGGAUGUCUUGAAGGAUGAUAAGCUGGUCCAGAAACUGAUGAUUGACGAGAAGAAGUGCUAUCUCUUUGGCCGGAAUCCGCAGAUGAAUGAUUUCUGCAUUGACCACGCCAGCUGCUCCCGGGUGCAUGCCGCCUUUGUCUACCACAAGCACCUGAACAUCGCCUAUCUGGUGGAUCUGGGCUCGACUCACGGAACGUUCAUCGGAUCGAUCCGGCUUGAGCCGAACAAGCCAACGCAGCUGCAAAUCAAUUCCUCGUUUCAUUUUGGGGCUUCCACGAGGUAUUACACGCUGAGGGAGCGACCUUCCGUUGGGUCGCGCACCAACAUUAUGGAGGACAUCCCGAUGAUGGACACGAGUGACGGAACGUACCUGGGACUGCCCGAGAGUCAAACGGAUCUCGAUAAUUUGACGGAAUACAACACUGCUCAUAACCGACGGAUUUCGAUGUUGGGAAUCGCCGACGAGUCCAGCACGUUCAAAAAGAACAUGAAAAACAAGCGCAAGCGAAAGGGCGUCCAGUUCAACGAGGACGAAAUCGUCAUCAACCCCGAGGACAUCGAUCCCAGCAUAGGCCGCUUCCGCAACCUGAUCCAAUCCACGGUCGUCCCGGUCGCAGCCAAGCGCUCGCGACUUUCGGACAACGUCAACUCGAUGGGUCUUUCGACGUCGCCUUCCUCGAGCAAAACGCUCCAGCACUCGCACAGUCUGGUCCCGAGUCUGUAUCACGGAAUCGACGACCACCAGAUGGACGGCCGUGGUGGCGUCGCCGGCGGCGGCUUCAUGGACAUGGACACCACCCCGAGCGGGCUGACCACCAAGCUGGGCAUCAUUCUGCCCAACCCGGCCCCGGAUGUGAACCCCGUGAGCAGCGCGCCCGCCGCCCUGAUGCCACCGCCGAUGUACAGCAGCGUAGCGCCGAAGAGUGUCAAAAUUCGCGAACCCGAGCAGCCGGACGAGCCGAAGAAGAAAAAGUACGCCAAGGAGCAGUGGCCCGGCAGGAAGCCGCUCGGGUUGGGAGGUUUUUAAGAUGGAAAUUAACCGUUUGUGUCAGUUAGGACUAAGAUUAUUGCAAAACAAUUAUACGACGCGAGCAGCACGAUGACAAACGUGUUCGAUUAUAUUGUGUAACAUAUACCUAUACAAUUGUUGUAUGUGGCUAAAAAUUUGAAUUGUAUUUGAUUGAAUAAAAUACAUUAUUCGAAAGUAAAAAGAUUUAAA